AUGGUUGUGGAUUCAACACUUCAAAUUAUUGGAUAUGCUGCGUUAUUUCUUUCAUGCAUUGCUUUUGGAACGAUGUUCGUACCAUUGAAGCGACGAAAUUGCAAAGAUGGUUUCUUUGUUCAAUGGAUUGAAUGCGGAGUAGUUUUUAUAGUCGGUUGCAUUUUCUACGCGGCACGCGGAUUUCCAACAUUCGAGCCAGUUGCCUGCAUCGGUGGAUUCCUAUACGCCACAGGAAAUGUGUUUAGUGUGCCGAUUGUUGAAGGAAUUGGAAUGGGCAUCGGCUUCUUGAUCUGGACGAGUCUUCAAAUUAUCGUGGGUUGGGGAGUCGCCCGUUUCGGAAUAUUUUCCCUAAUUGCUCCACAAGAUGUCAAAAUCGACAUAAUGAAUUACAUUGGAAUGGUGCUCACUAUUGUCAGUGGAAUAAUCCUAAUCUUCGUGAAGCAUGUUGAUGACGAUGAAGGCAAUUCUGGAUCGUAUGACGUCACGAAAACCGAAGAAAAUAGCGAAAGGGAUACAUCUACUGAUGACUAUAAGCAAAUAAUCAAGAAAUUACCAUACUAUAUUAUGGCGAUUAUUCUCGCAUGCCUCCACGGUCUCAUGAUGUCCCCAAUCGAUUAUCUCAAACAGCACAAUCCAAGCAAUGACACAUUCAAAGUAUUCGACUACAUCUUCCCAUUCUACUCAAGCGUCUUCCUCUUCUCAACAAUCUAUUUCUUCGCGUACUGUGUCAUUCUUCGGAGGAAAGCCUACAUUGAGCUCAACCUCGUUAUCCCAUCCAUCGGGUACGGCCUCCUCUGGACUGCCGGAAUGACACUUUGGUUUGUGUCAAGCGACAAACUAUCGCAAGUUGUUGCUUAUCCGUGUACGGCAAGACUUCCACCAUUGAUCAGCGGCGCAUUAGACGUGUUCGUUUUCAAGAGUAUUAGAGGUCGACGCUCUUAUAUGCUUCUCGCCUGCUCAGUGUUCAUCGGAAUCCUCGCCGUGGUUCUGAUCGCGCUUUCAAACGAAUUGUAG